AUGGAAGGAAAUCAGUGGGUGCUAGACCACCAUACUGACGAAUAUCAAUAUGCUUCGAGCAUGUGUAAAAACCACGAAGGCUGGGGCCCUAUCUCAAAAGAAAGAAUACCUGAUUUCACGCCAUGUUUUGAAGAUAGUGUAUUAACACUAUUACCUUAUCUCUUUGUUCUUGUUGCUGGUUUAGCUAGAAUGUGGAUCUUGUCAAAGAGAGAACGCCUCUCUUCUGAUAUGACUAAGAACUGGCUUUAUUUCACAAAAAUGAUUGCUUUGUCUUUGCUUUUGUUUACUGCGGCGGUAGCCUUUGCUUUUUCGGUCCUCGACAGCGGUAUUAAUUGGAUAGAUGAUGCACAGAUAUUAUCUCAAGGUUUCUUUGUAUUUAUUUUGAUCUUUGUUAUUGGUUUGCAUCAUAUUGAAUAUACCCGCAACCGUGUAUCUUCUGCUGUACUUUUAUUUUUCUGGUUAUUUAUGAUCGUUGUAGAUGGCAUCAAAUUACGUACGCAGAUCAUAGAUGACAAAUAUUACACAAAUUCUACUCAGUUUGUUUUAUUCGCUAUUGGCUUUACCUUGUCCGCUGUUAUGUUUGUUUUGGAAAAUUUGCCUCGUCCCAAGAGUCAAUACAUUAUGUUGGAAGAGGAUGAGCUUGACUCUCCUGAAGAAAAGACCAAUAUUUUUGGUCGACUUACAUUUAGUUGGAUGACACCAUUGAUGAGAUUAGGUUAUCAAAAGCCUUUGUCGAUGGAAGAUCUAUGGAAUCUCAAGUCCGAUGAUCAAUCAGCCUUUGUGAGUGCUCAGUUUCAACAAAACUGGCAAAAGGAAUUGACAAAGAAAAAACCAUCUCUUUUAAAGGCACUUGUCAAGACUUUGGGUGGUCCUUUUGCUUUGGCUGCGCUCUUUAAGGCUCUCCAAGAUGCUUUGCAAUUUACUCAACCUUGGCUUUUAAAAAAAUUGAUGGGUUGGGUAACCAGUUACAAUUCCGAUGUACCUGAACCUGCCUAUCUUGGUAUUGUAAUUGCAGUCAGUAUGUUUUUGACUGCUAUUGCUCAAACUAUGUUCCUUCAUCAAUACUUCCAACGCUGCUUCAUGACUGGUAUGCGUCUUCGUGCUGCUCUUGUCACAGCCAUUUAUCAAAAGACAUUGGUUCUCAGUAAUGCAAGCAGACAACAGUCCACUGUGGGUGAAAUUGUAAACCAUAUGAGUGUUGAUGCUCAACGAUUGAUGGAUUUAUGCACCUACUUCCAUAUUGUCUGGAGCGGUCCUUUCCAAAUAGUGAUUGCCUUGUGCUUUUUGUAUAAUACCAUGGGUCCAAGUACUGGUGCUGGUGUAGGUGUCCUUUUGCUCUCUAUUCCUUUAAACACAAUUAUUGCUCGUAAGAUGCGUGCACUUCAGAAGACUCAAAUGGGCAAUAAGGAUGCCAGAGUUAAGUUGAUGAAUGAAAUCUUGAAUGGUAUUCGCGUCAUUAAACUUUAUGCUUGGGAGACUCCCUUCUUGGAAAAGAUCAACUACAUUCGUAAUGAUCUAGAAUUAGCCACUCUCAAGAAGAUUGGUGUUAUGUCUGCUGUUCAAAACUUUACGUUUACUUCUAUUCCCUUCUUGGUCUCUUUAUCUACAUUUGCUGUCUACGUAUCUAUUUCUGAUCAUCCUUUGACAAGUGAUAUUGCAUUUGUAGCCAUUGCUCUCUUUGGUCUCUUGCAAUUCCCCUUGAACGUAUUCCCUAAUGUGAUUACAUCUACUAUUGAAGCCUCUGUUUCUCUUUACCGUAUUGAAGGUUAUCUUUCUGCAGAAGAAAUUGACCUUAAUGCUGUUACUCGUCUUGAUUAUCGCAAUGACCCCAAGUAUACUGAUGACACGCCUUUAGUUGAAAUCAACGAAGGUGAAUUUAAAUGGGCCAGAGAAGACGCUCAACCUGUCUUGAGCGGCAUCAAUCUCCAAGUCAAGAAAGGGCAAGUCACAGCCGUUGUUGGCCGUGUAGGUUCUGGUAAAUCAUCUUUGAUUAGUGCCUUGUUAGGUGAUACUGUCAAGGUUCAUGGUGAUGUUAUUUUGCGUGGUUCUGUUGCUUAUGUUCCUCAACAACCCUGGGUUAUGAACGCUUCUUUGCGUGAUAAUAUUGUCUUUGGCCAUCGCUGGGAUCCUCAAUUCUACGAACGUGUAUUGGAGGCGUGUUCCUUGAAGAGUGAUAUUGCUAUCUUGAGCGGUGGUGAUCAAACUGAAAUUGGUGAACGUGGUAUUAACUUGUCUGGUGGUCAAAAGGCUCGCGUCUCUUUAGCUAGAGCUAUCUAUGCCCGUGCUGAUAUAUACUUGUUGGACGACCCCUUGAGUGCUGUUGAUGCACAUGUGGGUCGUCAUAUCUUUGACCAUGUUAUUGGCCCCGAAGGUAUCUUGAAGAACAAAGCCCGCGUACUUGUCACCCAUGGUAUUUCUUACUUGUCUCGUGUUGACCAUGUUGUUAUGCUCCGUGAAGGACAAAUUAACUUGAGCGGUACUUAUGUUGAUUUGAUGAAUCAAAAGUCAGAACUUUAUGCUCUUAUUACUGAUUAUGGUACUCAAAAGGCCUCUGAAGACGAUGCAUCCAAUGAAGAAACUCUCGGUGAAGAACAAGUUCUUGAAUCAGACAAUGCUUCAGUUGACAUUGUUCCUCGCGAAGAAGAUGCUUCUUUGACUCGUACACGUCAACGUUUGAACAGCGAUGCCUCUUUCUUGAGUACCAAAACACUUCGUCGAGCUUCUCUUGUCUCUCUCAACAAGAGAGCCAGACAUAAGAAGGCUACUGAAACUGAUCGCUUAAUUACUGUUGAAGAAAGUGCAAAAGGCAGUGUUACUUGGGAUGUCUACAAACAAUAUGCAAAGUCUUGUUCUUUAUAUGGUGUCAUUGCCAUCCUUAUUUUGCUCAUUUUCUCUCAAUUGGCUUCUGUAGGCUCUAACGUUUGGUUAAAGUUCUGGUCCUCAGAAAACCAAGGCAAUGGUACAAACAAGAGUGUUUGGUAUUAUCUUGCAAUCUAUGCCCUUAUUGGUUGGUCUUCUACUCUUUUUUCUAUGGGUCAAACACUCGUUAUGUGGGUAUACUGUGCUAUUCGCUCUGCCCGUGUCUUGCACUCUGAAAUGUUAGAUGCCAUCAUUCGCUCUCCCAUGUCUUUCUUUGACACUACACCAUUAGGUAGAAUUUUGAACCGUUUCAGUAAAGAUCAACACACUGUUGAUGAAGGCUUGCCUAGAACAUUCCAGGGUUAUUUCCGUGUCUUGUUUGCUGUCAUUUCUACCGUUAUUAUCAUUGCCUACUCUACACCUCUUUUCAUGGCAGUCAUUAUUCCUCUCGGUGUUAUCUAUGUCUAUAUCCAACGUUAUUACCUGGCUACAUCUCGCGAAUUGAAACGUCUGGAUUCUGUUGGUAAAAGUCCUAUUUAUUCUCAUUUCCAAGAAACUAUUUCUGGUGUGUCUACUAUUCGUGCUUACGAACAACAAAGACGUUUUGUUUUUGAAAACGAAAACAGACUAGAUGAUAAUCAAAAGGCCUACUAUCCCUCUAUUUCUUGUAACCGUUGGCUUGCUGUUCGUCUCGAAUUUUUGGGCUCUAUCAUCAUUCUUUCUGCUGCUUUGUUUGCUGUCCUUAGUGUUGUUUAUGGUUCUUCUGCUAUUGAUGCUGGUCUAGUUGGUCUUUCUGUUUCAUAUGCUCUUAGUGUGACUCAAGCUUUGAACUGGGUUAUUCGUAUGUACUGUGAAAUUGAGACUAACAUUGUCUCUGUCGAACGUAUCAAGGAAUACAUUGAUUUACCCACCGAGAAAUAUAACUCCGUUCGUGGUGUGAAUCCCAUGUGGCCUGAAAAGGGUUUGAUCGAAUUCCGUGAUUACUCUACUCGCUACCGUCCUGGACUCGACUUGGCCUUACGCGACCUAUCCUUCACUGUUGCACCCAAAGAAAAGAUUGGUAUUGUGGGCCGUACAGGUGCUGACAUCUCUAGUCUUCGUUUGUUUGACUUAAGAUCUCGUUUGACUAUUAUUCCUCAAGAUCCUGUCUUGUUUGCAGGCACUGUCAGAGAAAACUUGGAUCCCUUUGGCUCCCAUGAUGAUGCCGAACUCUGGCAAGCACUGCAACACUCUCAUCUUGGCGAGCAUAUUUCCAAGAUGGAUGGUAAAUUAAAUGCUGUUGUUUUGGAAGGUGGUGAAAACUUUUCUGUUGGCCAACGUCAAUUAAUCUGUUUGGCCCGUGCUCUUCUUCGCCGUACCACUAUUCUUGUGCUUGAUGAAGCUACUGCUGCUAUUGAUGUUGAAACCGACUCUAUCAUUCAAGAAACUAUUCGUCGCCAAUUUGCUCACUGUACUAUCUUGACCAUUGCUCACAGAAUCAACACUGUUUUAGAUUCAGACAGAAUUCUUGUUUUGGACAAAGGGUCCAUUGCUGAAUUUGAUUCUCCUAUUAAGCUUUUGGAAAAUCAAGAAUCCAUCUUUUACUCUAUGGCCAAGGAAGCUGGUCUUACUGAAUAG